CUUCUCUCAACGCCAUCACCCAUUACAAUCCUCUCAUGACGCGCAUCUCAUAGACCAUCAAAAUAUCUGUAUUACUCACAUAGACGACGAACAUCCUCAUGUCAGGCGAUACAUCAGAAGCGCAACCGGCGCCUCUCACUGAUGUCGUGACUUUUGCCCGCUUCUCAGCCGCCAAUACAGCCGCCGCUCAUCUCUUGGACAACAUCCGAUCUGAACUAUCACUUUCAUCCCUUAAACGCCACGGAAAAACAAUUGGCUACGAGUUGUCAAUACCGCUAUCAUCACCCAGCAAGCAUGGCUGCAAAGAUGUCUGGCGAAUAGGCGCCGGUCCACCCACAGCAAUCGUUGAGCGGAAAUUGGACCAUCUCAAGCCAGACAUUCUGCUGUGUCCUCCAGAUGGAUCGCUCAGUGCCACUUUAGCCCGUCAAUUCAUUAAAGAUUUACAUGCCACCAUUCACUUUCACGCAAAAACCGGUGUGCUGAUGCUCAAGACAACAUCCAGUCGUCCCGUCACAUAUGAGCAUGGCGAUAUGCAUCACGCAGAUUUGGAGCUGGCUUUGCGGAGAAUCCAAAGUUGCGUCAUGCGACGGACUCAGAAUUUUAUUCGGUUCGGUGAUUAUCGCUUCGUUCUUGAAUUCGUCGCUCAAGGUCAAGGCGAGGACAGGAUCAAGACACAUCCAAGUGGUUAUCGUGGACUUUACCCUUCACCAGCACUCAACCCCGCCCCGAGGACACACUCCAAAACCUCUUGGAACAUUUGGUUACACAACAAGAUACCCGAUACGUCAAUAAUAUCAGGCGUCAACAUUUUCACGGGAGAACCAGUCGCCGUCAAACAGCUACACAACAAAACAGCACUACUACCAUACGCCAGCAACCGACUACAGAUCGCUCGUCAGUACAAUAAGAAGCGAGACAAAGGUGUACUCGGCAUCAUAGAUGUGUGGUGUCAACAUAACAUCUCGCCUCCCUGCUUUUCCAAUGGGCUCGAGAAAGUCAAUGACAAUAGCUGUGAGCGGACAUUCUAUUCCAUGCCCCUGGCCAAAAAUAAUUUUCGCGAUAUGCCAUGGGUGAAUAUCGCAUACGAAAAACGCCUUGCAUUGUUUCACCAGACAUUAUUGGGCCUAGUUGAGCUACACCAACAAAGCAUUACUCACGGAGACAUUAUACCAGAGUCACUGCUCAUCUUCACCGAACCCGAAGAAUCCACAUCAAAGGCCCCAUUCCCUCCUAGGAGAGCGGCUAUUUCCCUCAACAUGCGAAAACCAAACAAGAAGCCAGACCCGAGUGUUUGUGUAGCGCCCGAGGUCUGGAGUAGUCAGAGUGAGCAGAGACAAGAUCUGGAUGAGACCAAACUUGACAUUUGGGCACUGGCAGCCUCAUGGCUCUUUGCUUUUACCGUCCCACCAAAGAACAUGAAGAUCACAAAACAGUCAUUUGGCGGCUUAAAGAUGACAUUAGACACUCAAUCCAAAAAGGGACUGAUAAAGGAGCCACUGGUCAAGCUUUUACGGCAAAUGCUGGCAUGGGAGCCACAGGAUCGUCCGAGUGCGGCAGAUGCUCUUGCGGACGAGGUGUGGCAUCCCAUCCGAGACAAGAUGCAACAAGAGGAGGACAGUAGGAAACGGAAGCGGUUGGACAUGAUGAAGAGUGUUGACGGCGGAGACAAGAGAGUCAGAGUGCUUUCACCUGAUCCGGACGAAUGAAUAGAUAAUUGUAAUAUUGACCAAAUUUCUCGAAUAGCAGUUGCAGUCUGUCAACUGUUCCUGGGUAUCCGUACAUGAAGCCACAUUUGCAACUGAGGAGCUUUAUGGAAUGGAUUACAUUUAGUAGCUGACUCUUUAGCUUCGACCUUGGCCCACAGCCUAAUAUAGCUGCCGCCAAGCCGCCCAACUUUAAAAUUAACCGUAUCUUAUUUUUCAACUUUUAUGGGGGGGAUCACGGCUUUGACCGACA